AUGUGCACAGUGGAGAAGCGCGGGCGCGUCCACCUCAUCACCCUCACCGGCGCCGGCGAGCACCGCCUCGGCCCAUCCCUCAUCUCGGCCCUCCGCUCCGCCGUGGCCACCGUCCGCGCCUCCCCCGGUGCCGGCGCCCUCGUGCUGGCCGCCGAGGGCAAGUACUUCUCCAACGGCUUCGACCAAGCCUGGGCGAGCACGGUCCCGCCCCACCUCCACGCCUCCAUGAGAGGGGCCUUCCGCGCCCUCGUGGCCGACCUCCUCGCGCUGCCCAUGCCCACCGUGGCCGCCGUCACGGGCCACGCCGCCGCCGCCGGCUGCGCGCUGGCCCUCGCGCACGACUCCGUCGUCAUGCGCGCCUCCCGCGGGUUCCUGUACAUGAGCGAGGUCGACGUCGGCCUCAAGUUCGCGGACUACUUCGCGGAGCUGCUCCGGCAGAAGGUCCCCGACGGAGCGGCCAGGAGGGACAUGGUCCUCGGGGGGAACAAGAUGACGGCGGCGGAGGCGCUGCGGCUGGGCAUCGUGGACGCGGCCGCGGACGGCGGCGUCGAAGACGUGGUGACCGCGGGCGUCGCGGCGGCCGAGGGGCUCGCGGCCAGGGGGUGGGACGGGGAGGUCGUGGCCGAGAUCAGGAAGGCGAUGUGGCCCGCCGUGUGGGGCAAGGUCAAGGACCACGGCGCCGAGGCGGCGGUAGCGCGGCCGCGGCUGUAG